AUGAAUACCGGCAGAUUACCAAGUAAACUGGCUGUCCCCGCGACGGCCGUGAUCGUUACUCUCCUGGGACUCGUUAUGAUCAUGCCUGUGCGGCCGUGCUCUGCGGUCCAUCAUGUAGCACAACCAGUCGGAAGGCCCAUCACGAAGCAGUACAUGGUGCAUCUAUCGUCGGUGCCGUCAGUGCUGUCGUACCAGGGGGGAGUCAACGGGCUGCGGGCCACAGCGACCGUCGACGAUGAGGACGACGAGUAUGAGGACGAGGAAGACGUGGAUGACUUGGAUUAUGAGAAUCUCGUGGAUGGAGAUGCUAUUGGUGAUGGCAAUGGUGGCAUGGGUGGAAGCGGUGUCAAUGCCACUGCACCAGGAUCAGCACCAGAAGCAGAAGCAGGGGCAGCAGCAGCAGUGGCAGAAUCAGAAGUGAAACUGACAACGUCUGAAUCUGGUGACGAUGGCUUCGAUGCCGAUAUUCACUUUGCAAGUGCGGCUGCUGCAGAGGCGGCAAUGGAGAUGGCAGGAGUGGUAACAGGUGCAGGAGCAGCUGCAGGAAAGGAGGGGAUUGCAGGGGUAGCAGCAACGGCUGUAGCAGGAGGAAGAGGGGUGGGAGGAGGAAGCAGAGGAGGAGCAGUGAGGGUGAGCGCACUGCCGUUUGGGCGAACCGGGGUGGAUGCGCUGGUGGAGAGGGUGGGUCAGCGGCUGAGAAGGAUGAAAUCGCGGUCUGUUGGCCGGCGCCUGCUGGCCCGCGUUGCUGCUGCUGCAGUGGCCGCAGCAGCAGAGGAGGCCGCAGAGGAAGCAACAGGAGCAGCAGCUGGUGCUGCUGCCGGUGCUGCUUCUGUCACAGAGUCAUUCCAGAACUCCUCCCUUUACCCUUCAGCUGUUUCUACUACUACUGUCAACGCCGUUCAUAGCACGUCAGCAGCAGUGCUGACGGUGCAGCAGCUGAGUGCACGUGCCGCGCGCAUCAUGCGCUCAACGCCGUGGGGCCGACUCAUGCGCCCCGACGUGCGGUUACCACACGUCCAGGCCUUCACCCGCUUCCUGGAAGCUUCUCACCGCAGCCUGCUGCAGUCGCUCAAGAUCCCUUCCUCAGCCAUUUUCCACAGCUACACAUAUCUGAUGAACAGCUUUGCAGCGCAACUGACUGCUUCUGAAGCAAGGCGACUCAAAUUGCACCCAGCAGUGGCAGAGGUGGAGAGAGACAGCGGAGUGUCUUACUCCACUGCCCCGGUGCGCUGGAGAGGCGUGUGCAGCACAACAGACGACUUCACUGCGUGCAGCCGCAAGGUGGUUGGAGCGAGGUAUUUUCUCAAGGGUGCGGAGCGGGCGUUUGGCCAGACAUGCUCUUCUUUUCCCCUCCUAGACACGCUCGCCAUGCAGGACAUACUGCACAUGCUGCAGGACGGCACGAGGUAUGCGAGCCGGAGUCACACCGUCUUGCAUGGCACGACUGUCAUAUCAUGGAAAUACCCUACCUACUCCCCACCCCCCCCUUCCCUCUUCUCCCCCCUCUUCGGGGCUGCUGCGGCAAACGCUGGUGUGGAGGUGACAGUGGGAGGCCGGACCUUUGGCACAGCCUCAGGCAUGGCACCGAGGGCCAGGCUGGCGGUAUACAAGGCGCUGUGGAUGUAUGGUCAUUGGUAUACGGUGAAGGGACAAGGAGCGACUUCUGACCUCAUAGCCGCUGCAGAGAAGGCGGUGGCUGAUGGAGUGGACGUGAUCUCGAGUCUCAUGCCUCCCAUUCUCACCAUCCAAUUCUCACCCUCUCCCUUUCUGACCCUCCAUAUCUCACCCUCCCAUUCUCACCCUCCCAUUCCCACCCUGCCAUUCUCACCCGCCCACUCUCACCCUCCCAUUCUCACCCUUUCAUUCUCACCCUCCUAUUCUCGCCCUCCAAUUCUGACCCUCCCAUUCACACCCUCCGAUUCACACCCUCCCAUUCACACCCUCCCAUUCACACCCUCCCAUUCACACCCUCCCAUUCACACCCUCCCAUUCACACCCUCCCAUUCACACCCUCCCAUUCACACCCUCCCAUUCACACCCUCCCAUUCACACCCUCCCAUUCACACCCUCCCAUUCACACCCUCCCAUUCACACCCUCCCAUUCACACCCUCCCAUUCACACCCUCCCAUUCACACCCUCCCAUUCACACCCUCCCAUUCACACCCUCCCAUUCACACCCUCCCAUUCACACCCUCCCAUUCACACCCUCCCAUUCACACCCUCCCAUUCACACCCUCCCAUUCACACCCUCCCAUUCACACCCUCCCAUUCACACCCUCCCAUUCACACCCUCCCAUUCACACCCUCCCAUUCACACCCUCCCAUUCACACCCUCCCAUUCACACCCUCCCAUUCACACCCUCCCAUUCACACCCUCCCAUUCUCACCCUCCCAUUCACACCCUCCCAUUCUCACCCUCCCAUUCACACCCUCCCAUUCACACCCUCCCAUUCACACCCUCCCAUUCACACCCUCCCAUUCACACCCUCCCAUUCACACCCUCCCAUUCACACCCUCCCAUUCACACCCUCCCAUUCACACCCUCCCAUUCACACCCUCCCAUUCACACCCUCCCAUUCACACCCUCCCAUUCACACCCUCCCAUUCACACCCUCCCAUUCACACCCUCCCAUUCUCACCCUCCCAUUCACACCCUCCCAUUCUCACCCUCCCAUUCUCACCUGCCCAACUUCCAGGCCGGGGUGGUCACAGCCUUUGCAGCCGGGAAUGCGGGCGGGCCCAACCUCCUAUUCUCACCCUCCGAUUCUGAAUCUCCCAUUCGCACCCUCCCGUUCUCACCCUCCCAUUCCCAUCCUUACUUCCUAUAUGGAGCCGGGGUGGUCACGGCCUUUGCAGCCGGAAAUAAGGGCCGGCCCAAGCGCAUGAACAUGCAGGGCGCGCUUUCUAAUGCUUCCCCCUUCUACCUCACAGUGGGAGCAAGCACCAUGGGGAGGGAGUACACGGCUCACCAUGGGGUGGGCGUGGGAGUACACGGGGGUGCUCAACCCGGGAAGUGGCUCGAGCCUCCCUCCUCCCCUUAUCAAACUCCCCAUCCACCCCCACCGCGCACCACUGCUCCCCACUGCAGCACCAUGGGGAGAGAGUACACGGCGGUGCUGACUCUGGUCGAUGGAACCACCUUCACAGGGCGCAGUUUCGGCGGCACCGCUGCCCUGUGGUACAAUGUUUGUGCUCAUCUUCAAAGGGCCCAGUCAGAGGAUUCAUUGGGACCAACCCACGUUUCGUCUCACUUCCCCUCAAGCCCCAACCCCCCCCCCUCUCCCCUGUACCACCAUUUCUUCCCAACUCAGCACAACGGUUGUUCUCACCCAGGGAAAUGGAACCACUUUCCUCUCCACCUCCCCAUCCACUCCCACCGCCCACCACCGCUCCCUGCUGCUUCCCACCACAGCACCAUGGGGCGGGAUCACACGGCAGUGCUCACCCUGGGCAAUGGAAACACCUUAACAGGACGCAGCUGCGUCGGCACCGCUGUUACGGCGUCACCUCUGCCCCUCAACCCACCAUUUCUCCCACCGCAGCACCAUGGGGCAGGAGUACAAAGCGGUGCUCACCCUGGGCAAUGGAACCACCUACCUCUCCACCUGCCCAUCCACCCCCACCGCCCACCACUGCUCCCCACUCCUCCCCACCGCAGCACCAUGGGGCGGGAUUGCACAGUGGUGCUCACCCUGGGCAAUGGAACCACCUUCACAGGGCGCAGCUUUGGCAGCACCGCUGCCACGGCGUCACCUCUGCCCCUCAAACCCCCCCUCUCCCCUCCCACCCACCGCUGCUCCCACCACAGCACCAUGGGGCGGGAGUACAAAGCUGUGCUCACCCUGGGCGAUGGAACCACUUUUCUCUCCACCUGCCCAUCCAGCCCCACCGCCCACCACCGCUCCCCACCGCUCCCCACUCCAGCACCAUGGGGCGGGAUUACACAGCAGUGCUCACCCUGGGCAAUGGAACCACCUUCACAGGGCGCAGCCUCGGCGGCAACUUUGCCACGGCGACACCUCUGCCCCUCAUGCUCGCUGGGGAUUACACCACUGUGGGCCUCCCAGACGAUGUGA